CUCAAUUUGGUCACACUGACUCGGUUUUUGUUUACAUUUUUGUGUUUGUUUACAUUUUGCUUCUCAAGAGUUGUCCGAUAUGCUGCAACCACUCCCGGCACAUGCUACGGUAGAGAAUCCCCGAUAUGGCCAGCUCGUCAUCGGCCCUCCUGGUUCGGGAAAAACCACUUACUGCGGGGAGGCCCUUAAGUUCUACCGCGAACUGGGUAGGCAAGUUGGCGUCGUGAAUCUGGACCCGGCAAACGAAAAUAUGGCUUACGAGCCGGUGCUUAACGUAAUGGAACUAAUAACCGUAGAGGACUGCAUGGAACACCUGCAGCUGGGACCGAACGGAGCACUCAUGCACUGCGCCGAGUUUCUGGCAGAGCACCUGGAGGACUGGUUACUUCCAGCACUACGCAAACUGAGCGCCAGUUACAAUUACUUUUUGUUUGAUUGCCCCGGCCAGAUCGAGCUGUACACACAUCACAGAGCUAUGGCCCAAGUGUUCGAGCGUCUGGAGCGGGAGCGGUAUAAUCUGGUCACCGUGAACCUGAUUGAUUCACACUAUUGCUCAGAGCCGGCUAAAUUUAUAGCCACGCUGCUUAUGGCCCUAAACACAAUGCUGCGCAUGAGCUUGCCGCACGUGAACGUUCUGUCUAAAGCUGACACGCUGCGUAAGCAUGAGGCUAAGCUGCACUUCAACGUGGACUACUACACGGAUGUGCUGGACAUUAAAUACUUGUUGGAGAAGUUGGACGACGAUCCCAAGAUGCGAAAAUUUCAAAAGCUGAACGAGGCAAUUUGUUCUAUGGUGGAGGACUACGCUCUGGUGUCUUUCCAGCUAUUGGACGUAUUCAGCACACAUAGCAUGCUCCGUCUUCGGAACCACAUCGACAAGGCGAAUGGAUAUAUCUACAAAGCGGGCGAGGAACAGACUGUAAACUCGCUCAUGGCUUGUGCGGUUGGGGCGGAGGCAGAAGCCAUACGCCAGCAGAACGACGUCCAGCCCUAUGUUGAGUAAAACUAGGAAGCUUUAAAACUAUUUCCAUGAAUUGGAAAAUUAGGGAAGAACUAAACAUUUCAAUAGGAGGAAGUCGAC